GAGCUCGAUGCUGUUAACCAACUGGACUUUGACGAUGCUUUUGCACAGGUGGAGCUCGUCAUGGAGAAGUAUCUAGGAUUUCAGAAGGAAGUCGCGGUGAUGCGCAAACCCGCUCCUGCCAGAAGCGAACGUAGGACCAAUGCCACGUUUCCGUCUAGCGCGGUUUCCAUUGUCGACACAGCAUCGCCUUCAACAAAUGAUAGCAAAUCAGCUUCGUCGAGCGAGAGUCAACGGCCAAGUUCAGGUUCAUCGACAAGGGACUGGGCUACCACUGCAGUCCGAGCAGCCUAUACCAGUGAUAAAUCAAGAUUUCCGCAAUCGGUAUCGCGAUGCCCAAUGACCAGGCAAGCUGCCGCGCCUUCCUCAUUAUCAUCAGCUUCAUCGUCACCCAAGUCUCGAGGGGAAGAGACAGAGGGACCGCGAUACCCAACGCCCCAUCGACUAUCAUCACCUGUCUCGUCGGUAGCAGGCCCAUCGUCACUAAAGUCUUCGAUCAAAGAUGGUCCGCGGUAUCCGAAGAUCCAGCAAGCGUCGAAACCUAUCGCAGUGUCACCAGCUCCAUUCUCACCGAAGUCAUCGAUGAAAGAUGGGAAGCAGUCAAUGAAGGAAAGAGCGUCUUUGCCCGACUAUAACCGGUCGACCAAGGCCAAUUCAAAGACAAGCCAGCCUACAAAGAUUUUGCCAAGCUACAUGCGCCCUACGAAAGCGACUCGAGGAGCAUACACCCCGCCUGUCAAAUCUGCCACCAAUGCAACGCCGGCUCCUCGAUCAAGCCGUCUAGAUUUUGCCAUUCGUGGCGAGCAGGCAAAGCGAUCACCGACUGACACGAGUACACGGCUUGUAGAAAUCAAAGCUUCUUCAACACUGCCUGAACGCGCACCAUCUGUACUUUCCAAGUCGACAAAGAGAAUGAAGCCAAAAGACCUUCCCAAGCUAGACAUGAUCGAUCACUCAGACUCGGUCCAUGAACCGUAUGUUCUCAGAGGUACUGCCCCGCGUGGCCCCUCUCCGCUGUGGACUAGCAGCCCACCGAUUCGCUCCUCGACAGACGCACCGCAGAAGGUCGGCCGUUCGGACCCCCCGAGGUUUCCUCCAACUGAUGACAAGGGGGAUGCGCAUGGUGUCGGUAAGAUGGAGCUUGAGGAAGAAACCUUAGCACGCGUCGAGCCGGAAGGCGACGCCAGCAUUGAAGUUGCGCUCGUCAGUGGACUGGAUCCAAAUGAGACGGCAAACAGAUUCGACAGCAUAAGAGCCAAGAUGUUCAAGAUGAAGGUGAAACUUCGGGCCAUGAAUGAAGAGACAAGGGUCGCUGCUUCGAAAGCAGUAGCAGAGGCAUGUGUCGAUGCAGCGGAAGGACAUCCCACGUUGACCGGCGACGAGGAAGUGGAAGAAGACUCUUCUGCUCUAUGCUCCACAUCUGAGGAGGUGGAGGUAAGACAGGUCGUUGACCAACCUCCAGCAGCAAUUGACAAGCAGGCCAAAGCAGAAACGGAUGAUGCCAUGGAGCCUUUGAUAAGAAUUACUGGGCAGUGGGAAUCAAUAUACGAUGAUACCGACGAUGACGACGAUGAAGACGAAGAUGUGUGGUACGACGCUUCGGAAGUCCGCGUCGAAGACGAGUAUCCGUGA